AUGACGGCGUUGUGGGCGCAGCUGGCACUCCGAAGGAUCGCGCCACUAGUUAUUUCCUCGGAAUCAUUCUUCGUCCCCAUUUGCCGAACAAUUACUACGUCAAACUUGCUUUACGCCGUAGUAUUUGUAGAUCGAUAUUACACGAAGAAGCAUGAAUGGGUGAUCAUUGAGGGCAACACGGCUACUGUGGGAAUAAGUGAUUUUGCACAGGGAGCACUGGGUGACAUUGUUUAUGCAGAAUUACCAGAAAUUGGAAAAGAAUUGAAGGCUGGUGACUCAGCCGGUGCAGUUGAAAGUGUGAAGGCAGCAUCCGAUGUGUAUUCGCCCGUUUCUGGAACGGUGACAGAGAAAAAUAAGGAAGUUGAAGAUAAUCCAGCACUGAUUAACAAAUCUGCAUUUGACGAAGGUGAACUGUUGCCAUUUGAGGCGCAUUUUAUUGUCCGCAAAAAAAUUAAUUGUCUCUUAUCCAUAUGCGAAGAUUCUCUUAUUCAUCUA